AUGGACAACAGCAACGCCGCGACGACGCCCGACGAGGCGGAGAAGCAGCAGGUGCUCGACGAGCUCAAAGCCAUUGAUGUGGCGAUGCAGCGGCUCAAGCUGCUGCAUAUCAAGGCACGCCGAUACCAAGGCCUCAUCCCUACGAUGCUGGAACCUCUGGUGCAGAAACACCGAUCGCCAGAGGCCAUGUAUGCCGCCUUCAUGAAGUCGGUAGCCGACGCGCAGGCAAAGAUAUCCGAUUUCAGAGACCUCAUGACGGACGAGACGAGCACCGAAGCCUUUGCGCGCGCCGCCAAGAGCAGGGAGGAGAGGCCCGAUGGCAUCGCGCCGUGGAGGUACGACAACUACCCGGAAUGGUUCAAUGCCGAUAAGCACUGGACCAAGUAA